AUGAUCACGGAUACGGAAUUAAAUUCUAUAGUUAUAAUAUCUGGGUUAACUAUGAUGACUUUAAUUGUUAUCUAUCAUGCAAUUAGUUCAACUUUUGAACAGAAACAUUAA